AUAAUUAGUUUUUGUUCGUCUUACAUUUGCCGACAGCAAUAAAUUAGAAACUAGAGAUCUAGAUCUAGAUCUAGAUUUAGAGUGUUGUAAUCUAGAUUCUAAAGAAAGAUAAAAUGACUUCAUUGAGCGAGGAGACGAGUGACAAAUCAACACGCUUUAAAGAAAAGCAUUCACUUGACAGUGACGAGGAAGACAACGAAGUAAAGUAUGAUGUUUUAGCAGAAGAUGAUAUUGAAGGUCAAGAAGAGGCUACCAUUGAGUUUGAUGAAAAUAUUCAGAUCACUCCAUUUAAUAUGAGAGAAGAAUUGGAAGAAGGUCACUUUGACACAGAUGGUACAUAUAUCUUCAACAAAACUAAGGAAAUACAUGACAACUGGAUAGACAACAUUGACUGGGUCAAAGUUAAACACACAAAACCUGAAGAUGAAAAUAAGAAACGUCCAUUUGAGUACAGUGACAGCUCAGAUGAUGAGGAUGAAGAGAAAAAGACAUUAACAAAUAUUGAGACAUAUGAGGCAAUAUUAGGAAUUCUCAAAGAAGGGGAAACCGCAGCUCAAGCUAUCAGAAGAUUGGCUAAGAACAAAGCAAACAUUCCAUCAGCCAGUCAAAAGUGGAAGAACAAAAAGUCCAAGACAUCCAACCCUAGUGAAGAGGACCAAGCUGCCAUUGAUAAUGCAAUUAGUGAACAGAAAGAAAUGCUUCGUCUAACAGAGCUUUGUGAUCGUCUAGUGCAGCAGGGCUUGGUGGAAAUAUACGAAACACCAUAUGAAAGAAUAUCUUUUACCUUGAAACAAAUGAAAGAUAAAAAUAAAUCAUCUAGAUUGACAUUAGCAGAAACAAUGAAAGAUGAUGAUGCCUUAGACAUAUUUGCUGAUGAUUUUAAUUCAAAAGAGGCUGAGAAAAUAAAAGCUGAUGGUACUAAUGAUCUGAAAGAGUCCACAUCAUCUUUAACAUCAGAAGACACCAAUGAAAACCAAGGGAAAGAGGAAAACAAGGCACAAGAUGAAAAAGAAGGUGUGAUGUGGGAGUACAAGGUGGACAACUCUGAGGACUCUGAGCUCAAAGGUCCUUUUACCACAAGUCAGAUGAUCAUUUGGGCAGAAGAUGGCACUUUUGGCACUGGUGUCUUCUGUCGCAAGUACAAGACACAUGGACAAUUUUACAAUUCUUCUCGGUUGGACUUUGAAUUAUAUGAGUGAAUAAAAUGGAUCCUGUUUGGUGGAAUUAUGUGUUGGUUUCAACUUAUGAUGAUUAAAUGGAUGGAUUAUAAUUGUAUUGUCAGAAUCGAGUAACUUGGAUUGAAUACAUGUCAUUCUAUGAAAUAAAUUUUACAUUGAAAACUGGACAUGUAACAUGUAAAUAAAGAAUUCUUGGCUUGCUGAAAUAAACUAGGAUACUUCUUUUGAUGAACUUGUUUUAAUUAUGUUCACAGAUUGUGAGCAAUGUUCUUCAUCAUAAUGUCAAUGUUUGAAUUUAAUAUGUUCAUUGUAUAAUAAAUAGGAUGCCAAGUUUGAGAUAAUUGUUGUUCACAAUGUUAUAGUUUGUGAUUGGAUAAAAUGAUUUGAUUUUGAUAAGUUGUUUCCAAGAACAUUUUUUGAUUUAUUUAAGGAGUUACUUGUGAAAAUAAAAUAUGUCCCAUUCAUAGCUUAAUACAAAGGACUUCAACAAAAAAAGCAUCACCAGACCAGAUUUUUGUUUACUAAUUAAAGUUGGAAAAUCCAUAUUAGGUUUGACAUAGUGACAUACUGUGAAUAGUGUCCUUUAGUUUUCUUUCUUGUGUGAUGAGUGUUGAAUAAUUUAGUUAUUGAACGAAUGCUUUUUGUCAUUGAAUAUAUAUGAGUUUGUCAUCCAAAUGUUCUAUUUUCUCAAACUUUCUUGUUAUACUGACUGAUGCCAUAGUAUUGUUAUUGUUGCAGCCACUUCUCCUAAGUAACACAUUUGUUAUAUCCAGGUAUAUUGUUGACUAGAACUGUUUGUAUAAUGGUCAGCUUUAUAUCAGUGUACUAAAAUUUAUAAAGAUUUAUCUAGUUGACUUAAAAUGGUCAUUUUAACAAACUUUACAGGAAAUAUUUGCAGGCAGUGUUUUAUGUAUUUGGUGUUGUUUUUUUUUCAAUUGUAAGUUUUUGAUGCAAGUUUAUAAAAUCAUAUUUGGGAACAACACCCAUCCUCUACUAGCUUUCUUAUACUAAUAGUGAUACUAGAGGUAAAAUACAUGUCAUUAGUCUAGAAAGACCUAUUGCAAUACAUUUGUAGUUUAUGUCUUCUGUAUGUUAUGAUAAGUUCAUUAUGCCAUUGCGCUCUAUGUCUACACAAUGUGUUCAAAUAAAGUUUCUCAUUUCUAAA